AUGGAUUCACCAUACAACUCUAUCGCAGCUACUAACGCCGACUUGUGGCGGUCUUCAAUAGACGACGCAUCGCCGCCACCAAACAUCCUUUUUGAUUCGCCCACCAGGGACCACAUAGACGCCAAUAUGACCUCUUUAGGUCUGGCACCUCUGGAACUGGAGCAACUACCCAAUUUUUUCUCGAUACCUUCUUGCCCUAGCUACAAGUAUGGACACCUUGGCGACAGGGAAUACACAACAAAAGGACCUCACGACAUCGCUGACGCCCUGUUGUCGCUGAAACAUGCCGUGGUACACCCUGAUCUUCGCGGACCAAUGUCCCCGCUCUCAUCACCGCCACCACAGCCAUCCAUGUCUCAUUUCGGAUCUUCCCACUUCGGCUCCACUCAGGUUAUGUCUGGAUAUGGGGUCCCUUCUCCCGGGCCACAUCCUUACACUCACAGCCAUUCCUUUUCGCACGGACCCUCUCAAGGCCUUGCAUACUCCCUUAACCACAACUCCCCAGUCAUGCAGGGCUCCUACGGGACACAAGCCUUGGGCCCGCCAAGUCACCACCAGUAUGCACAAUACGCCGAAUCCUGUCAGAGUCCAAUCCUGCAGCCUCCUGUUCAAACGGCAAACGUGCAUUUUCCUUCGAUGAGCGUCAAUGUAUCUAUGAGUAUGAAUGUUGGUAUGCCCACCAACCUGGGACCAGGCCAUGGACAGUAUAACUGUGGGCCAUCAGGACCAGUUAUUGGUGGCAACUCUGCGCAGGGCUGGCCGUUAUCACCUCCAAGUCCACCAUUACCACCACCUCCUUCUUCAAUGUCUCAGUACCACAACUCUACGUCAGCAAAUAUCCCAACACACUGUAACGGCUACGCUAAUCAGUCACAUACUUUCGGCCAUUUUACCCCCGAAUACAGGUCGCUGCCUCCUGACCCCAGAACCACCGGAAUGUACUACAAGCCGGUGUCAGAACCAUUUAAAGACGGUAAAUAUUGUCAGAUGAACCAUCACCACCACCACCAUCAUCAUGAACAUAUCUUGAAACGAAACAGGUUUGCACAUGAGCGAUCACUAUCCUCAGCGGCUGGCCUAGAUGGAGGGUUAGUAGUUAAGACUAACUUGUGUAGAAUCUGCGGAAAGACGUAUGCAAGACCAAGCACGCUGAAGACUCACCUGAGAACGCACUCCGGAGAAAAACCAUAUAAGUGCAGCACCUGCAGCAAAUCCUUUUCCCAAGCUGCCAAUUUGACUGCUCAUUUGCGGACACACUCGGGCGAGAAGCCAUUUCGUUGUCCAGUUUGUGAACGCCGCUUUUCUCAGAGCUCGUCAGUGACCACUCACAUGAGGACACAUUCUGGUGAGCGCCCUUACCGCUGCAGGAUGUGCAAGAAAGCAUUUUCAGACAGCUCCACGUUGACCAAACAUCUUCGCAUACACAGUGGGGAGAAGCCGUACCAAUGCAAGCUGUGCUUGCUACGAUUUUCUCAGUCGGGAAACCUCAAUAGACACAUGCGUGUUCAUUCAGGUAACAAUUAA